AUGCGGGGCGAGGCUUGGGCAGGCUCUGAGGCUGACGAAGAAUGCCAUGGGCGAGGGGUGAGUCACCCGCGAGGUGGCGGCGUGGGCGGCAGCGUGGGCGGCAGCGGUGGCGGCGUGGGCGGCAGCGGUGGCGGCGUGGGCGGCAGCGUGGGCGGCAGCGGUGGCGGCGUGGGCGGCAGCGUGGGCGGCAGCGGUGGCGGCGUGGGCGGCAGCGGUGGCGGCGUGGGCGGCAGCGGGGGCGGCAGCAGUGGCGGCGUGGGCGGCAGCGUGGGCGGCAGCGGUGGCGGCGUGGGCGGCAGCGUGGGCGGCAGCGGUGGAGGGUACAGGCAACAGUUCAUGGCAGAGAAUGUCAUCGAGAUUCACAUGUCUGCCAGCCUCUUCCAGCAGCUUCCCGAACAGGGCUUCAUCAACAGUGAGGACAAUAUAAUUCUGUCCCAAAGCUGUGGCAACAUGUUUGCAGCGCUGAACAACAGUGUUCAAAGUGUCAAGUUCAUGGGCAGGGGCUUGGACAAUGGGCAUAUAGCCAACACUGGUAAUUUCCUGGUCAUUCUCUGA